UAGGGUUGGAACCAACUCCCUGCACGCUGGCCCAGGGAGGUCCCUGGUAAUCGUCCUGCUUCCCUCUCCCUCCCCUGGGAACCACCUCAGACCGCAGUGGAUGUUCCUAAAUUUCUGUGGACUCACAGCAGCUUCUCGGCCAGUGAUCUCCUCAAGGGCUGGAUUCCACAAGCCCUUCUGUCCUGCUGUGGGCCUCAGGCAGUGUUCCUGCCAAGCUUUCCCUAAAGACACAAACAGGCAGGCCCUUUCCACACCGGCCUCAGGGAGCCUUCUGCUGGGCAGAGCGUCCCUGCCAGGGGAAGCCAGGCUCGUUAAGUGGGAAGCCUGCGGGGCCUGCGGAAGACAGCCGCCCUGAGGCUGUCUCCACCGCCAGUUGGUGCCACCAAGCCGUCAGGAGGGAGUGGCCUUCCCCACUGUGGUUGGGAAAUGGAGACAGAGGUGACAGUGGGUGGCUGCAGCCCUAUAAGAACCACAGAGUUCCUUCAGUGGCAAAGACCAGAGCUCCAGGGCUGAGCCAAGCUGCCGUGGCAAUGGGACCUGCUCUCCUCGCCCUCUCCUUCCUGUGGACCAUGGCCUUGACUGAGGACACCUGUCCACAGGUGAAGGUGGUGGGCCUGGAGGGCUCUGACAAGCUCACCAUUCUCCCAGGCUGCCCGGGGCUGCCCGGAGCCCCAGGGCCAAAGGGAGAGGCAGGCGCCAAUGGAAAGAGAGGAGAACGUGGCCCCCCUGGACCUCCUGGGAAGGCAGGACCACCUGGGUCCAAGGGAGACGCUUGGGAAUCUGAUCAAUGUAACACAGGCCCACGCACCUGUAAGGACCUGCUAGACCGUGGGCCUUCCCUGAGCGGCUGGCACACCAUCUACCUGCCUGACUGCCGGCCCCUGACUGUGCUCUGUGACAUGGACACAGACGGAGGGGGCUGGACCGUUUUCCAGCGGAGGGUGGAUGGCUCCGUGGACUUCUACCGGGACUGGGCCGCGUACAAGCAAGGCUUCGGCAGUCGCCUCGGAGAGUUCUGGCUGGGGAACGACAACAUCCAUGCCCUGACUGCCCAGGGAACCAGUGAGCUCCGUGUAGACCUGGUGGAUUUUGAGGGCAAUCGCCAAUUUGCUAAGUACAGAUCAUUCAAGGUGGCCAGUGAGGCAGAGAAGUACAAGCUGGUCCUGGGGACCUUUGUGGAGGGCAGCGCGGGUGAUUCUCUGACAUACCACAAUAACUACCCCUUCUCCACCAAAGACCGAGACAACGACCAAGAUGCUAAAAACUGUGCUGUGCACUAUCAGGGAGCCUGGUGGUAUGCCACCUGUCACCUGUCAAACCUGAAUGGUGGCUACCUCGGUGGGGCCCAUGACAGCUUUGCAAAUGGCAUCAACUGGAAUUCGGGGAAAGGGUACAACUACAGCUACAAGGUGUCGGAGAUGAAGGUGCGGCCCACCUAGCCCGGCAGUGAGGUUAGAGGGUCUCUCCACGCACCCUGGCUGGAGGAGCACAUCCCUCAGUCCUCACCAAGAGGGCAACGUGGGGAUCGUGGCCCCCAUCCUCAUGGAAAGAGGGAGUUCCCACCAGUCCCUUGUAGGCAUGGCCCGCAGAGCUUUGCGCCCAGUGCCGGCAUCCAACCGCCUGCCUCACGUCUGCAAGGUUAGGCGAAGCCCCAGCGUGCCUCCCUCACCGCAGCUGUCAGUGCUUGCUUGCCUCACAGGCGAUCAUGGAAUGCCAUGGCUAUUUGCCCUGCCCUGACCACUGGCCAUGCCACUGUGCUGCUCAUCUGUCCUUGCUUCCCUGUGACUUGGCCCUGUGGGUGGAUCAGAUGCCCUAGGGCUGAGGGGCUUUCCCACUGGCUAAGACAAAGCAGGGCCACCAUGCCUGUUUGUGAUUAAAGUGUUAUCGGCACAGCCAUUCCCAUGGCUUCCA